AUGCAGCAGAACCAGCCGGGCCAGCGGACGCAGAUCCUCUCGUCGCUGCCGCUGCAGAUCCUGCUCUACUUCGACAACUGGUUCAUCAAAGGGUUCCUCAUCUACAACCUGCUGCUCUACGUAGUGGGCGACAGCCUCUUCUCCGCCUUCGUCGUGAAGACCGCGGACCGCAAGCGCCUCGCGGAGGCGCUGAAGCAUUCGCACCCCGACGUGCCCCACUGGGCGACGGUGAAGGCCGGCGCCUGGCCGCGCGCGCACGUGCCGUCCGCGGAGGGCGGCCCCGGCGGCGCGCUCGACCAAGACGGCGAGCCGGAGAACGCGCACGCGGCGGCGGCGCUGCUCGAAUGCUUGGAGGAGACGCCGGACCUCGCCGUCGUCGUCUGGCGCCGCGCGGGCCACGUCGCGCUCGGCAACAACGGCAUCCGGCGGGCCUACACCCGCGCGGCCCACGGCGCGAUGCGCGCGCACCUCCGCCGGGAGAUCUCGGGCCUCCGGGACGACGUCGAGGCCGCGGGCGCGGAGGUCGCCCGGGCGCGGCAGCGCGCCGAGACCGCCGAGUUCGACCGGGCCUACGCGAGCGCCAAGGACGCCGCCGCGCUCCACGUCGUCCCCGCGUCGCCGCCGCCGCCCGCGGCCGUCGGCCGCCGGCCCUCCGACCCGCGGCGGCUGCCCCGGGAACUGCGCACGCGCUCCGACGAGGGGCCGCGCAAAGCGCCGCUCUUCGACGAGGCGGCGCGGGGGGCGUGGGCCUGCGUCGGCUAA